GGGUUCACCACGGUAUAUGCACACCACGAUAUAUGCACACCAUUUGCUUCUUCAACAUGUCAUUCCUUGCUUUGCAUUCUUAAGCACGGUUACAGUAUAAUUCGCAGAACCAACCUUUAGAAAUGGCCACUCCGCCUCCCCCCUCACGAAAACGCUCAAGCCUCCUUCGUUGCAUCGCCAUUGGAAUUUUAGCCUUGGUGAUCCUAUUGGGCAUUGCUGUGCUCAUAACUUGGCUGGUUCUCAAACCUAGAGGCUUGGUUUACACGGUAGAAAAUGCUUCGAUCCACAAUUUUAACUUAACCGACGCAAAUCACCUCUAUGCCAAUUUCGAUUUCACCAUAAGAUCUUACAACCCCAAUUCUAGAGUCUCAUUUUACUAUGAUUCCGUGGAGAUUUCGGCGAAGUAUAAGGACCAGACACUAGCGACCAACGGGGUUCAACCAUUUUUCCAGUCACAUAGAAAUGUGACUCGUUUGCAGGUGAGGCUCACUUCUCAGACGGUGGCCUUAUACGGGUCCAUGCCAAAGGACCUGAGGCUGGAGAAGCGAUCCGGGGAUAUUGAAUUGGAUGUGUUGAUGAAGGCAAGGAUACGGUUCAAGGUAAGGCUGUGGAAAUCAGAGGAACGAACCAUGAGAAUCUUUUGCUCUCCCGUUCUGGUACACUUCUCUGAGUCCAAGGGCUUUGAGAGGGUCUACUGUGACGUAGAACUCUAAAUCAGCCCAUAAAUCGGGUUUAUUGCUAUCCAUGUUCAGGGAAAUAUUGCUGCCGGUGUUUGUACAUCUAAUGACGGUGAUCGAAUUUAUAUGCAAACUCAAUCCCAAUUACUGUGUUGAUUAAAUAGUAUUUGGCGUGACAGAAUUCUCAUGGCUUCGGUGCUCUCGUCAUUUUCUUUUUCCAAUUUUUUGUUUGCUUGUUCUCUUGUUUUGUAAUUGGAGAUUCUACUAUGUAUUCUUUACAAUCAUCAUUCUUGAUCCCCCCCCCUUUCCGGUUUACAGGUUCUCUUUUGGUCUUUCCUUAGGCUAUAUGGAUGUCAAAUAUUUGUGUUCCUAUGCUACAUGGAUGUCUGUUUUAAGA